AUGGCUCUUUCACAGAAACGUCAUCCCAAUAUAGAAAUUAAAAAAAAAAAUUUUUUUUUUUUAAUUUUAUUUAUUUUUUUUUUUUUUUUUUUUUAUUUAAAAUUUUUUUCUACAUUUUCUUCAUUUUCUAUCUAUUUUUUUUCAUUUUCAUCUAUUUUCUUCAUUUUCAUCUAUUUUCUUCAUUUUUUCUUCAUCUAUUUUUUUCUUCAUUUUCUAUCUAUUUUCUUCAUUUUCUUCAUUUUCUUCAUUUUCUAUCUAUUUUCUUCAUUUUUUCUUUUCAUCUAUUUUCUUCAUUUUCUUCAUUUUCUAUUUUCUUUUCAUUUUCUAUCUAUUUUCUUCAUUUUCUUCAUUUUUCUAUCCUUCUUUUUUCUUCUUCAUUUUCUCCAUCUAUUUUCUUCAUUUUCUAUCUAUUUUUUUCAUUUUCUAUUUUUUUCAUCUAUUUUCUUCAUUUUCUUUUUCUUCAUUUUUUUCUUCAUUUUCUAUCUAUUUUCUUCAUUUUCUAUCUAUUUUCUUCAUUUUCUAUCUAUUUUCUUCAUUUUCUAUCUAUUUUCUUCAUUUUCUAUCUAUUUUCUUCAUUUUCUAUCUAUUUUCUUCAUUUUCUAUCUAUUUUCUUCAUUUUCUAUCUAUUUUCUAUUUUCUCUAUUUUCAUUUUCUAUCUAUUUUCUUCAUUUUCUAUCUAUUUUCUUCAUUUUCUAUCUAUUUUCUUCAUUUUCUAUCUAUUUUCUUCAUUUUCUAUCUAUUUUCUUUUCAUUUUUUUCAUUUUCUAUCUAUUUUCUUCAUUUUCUAUCUAUUUUCUUCAUUUUCUUCAUUUUCUUUUUCUUCAUUUUCUCAUUUUCUAUUUUCUAUUUUCUUUUCUAUCUAUUUUUCUUCAUUUUCUAUUUUUUCAUUUUUAUCUCUUUUUUCUUCAUUUUCAUCUAUUUUCUUCAUUUUCUCUAUUUUCUUUUUCUUCAUUUUCUUCAUUUUUUCUUUUUCUUUUCAUUUUCUCUAUUUCUUCAUUUUCUAUUUUCUUCAUUUUUCUAUCUAUUUUCUUCAUUUUCUAUAUCUAUUUUCUUCAUUUUCUAUCUAUUUUUCUAUUCAUUUUCUAUCUAUUUUCUUCAUUUUCUAUCUAUUUUCUUCAUUUUCUAUCUAUUUUCUUCAUUUUCUAUCUAUUUUCUUCAUUUUCUAUCUAUUUUCUUUUUUCUUCAUUUUUUCAUUUUCUAUCUAUUUUCUUCAUUUUCUAUCUAUUUUUCUUUUUUCAUCUAUUUUUUCUUCAUUUUCUAUCUAUUUUCUUCAUUUUCUAUCUAUUUUCUUCAUUUUCUAUUUUCUAUUUUCUUCAUUUUCUAUCUAUUUUCUUCAUUUUCUAUCUAUUUUCUUCAUUUUCUAUCUAUUUUCUUUUCUGUGUUGAAUAUUAAAGGAUUGAAUAAGUUUUUGAAGAAAUUUUAUUAA